CAGGCGAUGGCGGGCAAGCAGCCGAGCUUAUGGUGGGGGUGCCUGGUGUCCGAGCUCGGCGCGGUGGGGGCGGGCAAGCCGGGAUGGCUGGAUGACGCCGCUCUCGUCGCGGCCAUGGGUCGAGAUCUGGUCGCCAUUGCCAGGCAGCGAUCGCUCGUUGUCACGCCCUGGAGUGGCGCUCACAGCUCCGCGCCUCGCGCAUCAGGUUUCUCGAUCGAUUCCAUCCCAGCCGCUACCGGGGCCGAUCCCUCGUAUCGAAUCACCGCACUGGAGUGGCUCUUUUGGGAGGGAUGGUCGGUUCUCGCCGUCGGUACGUCGUUGGGCAUUCUUUGCUUCUACUCGGAGAUUGGAGAUCUCCUUAUCAAACAGAGCUUCAAUGUUGGAUCGAUUUGCAACUUACACGUGAGGUGCAACCAGAACAAGCGUGUUACUGCCGAGGAGCUCUCUGUUGCUUUCCAGAGCUCCAUUGCGAGAAUCGACGCCUUAGAUCUCCAGUCACAACUACGCAGACGAUUGCUUGAAGUUGCGAGAAACUCCACGCUCGAGCGCCAGUUGAUCGCGGCAGAAUCGACGAAGCUUUCGUAUCAGGUGUGGAGUGUCAAGUCUUCGGGAAGUAGCAUUUGCGUGGAUGCCGCGAUAACUGGCGUGCUUCCGCCAGCUCUCUUUGAGCAACAGUCGAGAGAGCGCUACUUUUGUGCCGUCACCAUUGGAUCGGACAGCACACUGGCUGCUUUCAGGCUUUCAGAAGAUCGAAGGAAGUCACUGACCGAGCUACUGUUUAACAAGGUUGUUCCGGCGACGGUCUCUAGGAUAACUUCUUUCGCCAAAGCGUUUCGACGCAACAGCGAGCCUGUCCAAGAAGCUAGACCGGCAGAGGUGAAAGCCCAAGAGUUCUCCAGAGCCUCGCUCAUCACAGCUCUGAAAGAUUCCCCGCGCAAGGGCGAAAGUUUGGCGUUGUCUCCAACUUGUUCACUGGCUGCUGUGACCGAUUCCUUGGGACGAGUUCUUCUCGUCGACGUACAUGCUCUCGUCGUGGUUCGUCUAUGGAAGGGAUAUCGUGAUGCUCACUGUAAGUUCCUCGAGGCACCACUGAAUGGCUCGUCCGGACUCCAGCACAGGAGCUCUUGCGUGAAGGAAGACUUUUCUCUCUGUCUCGCGAUUCAUGCUCCUCGUAGAGCUGUAGUGGAGGUAUGGCAGCUGCGAAAUGGUCCUCGUUUAUCAGUGAUCCACUGCUCCGAGAGCUGCCGGUUGCUACAACCCCCGAGCCAGUUCUGGUCGAGCGAUCGAAACGAUCACGAGGAAGAAAGCUACUCGCCCAAGCUCGUGUUCUUGCUCAAGGGAGACUCUGGCUUGCUUUCUCUCAUCAAUCCCUUCAUGGAUCAGUGAAGAAGAAACCGUAUAUUCUUUUUGUGUAGAACGAUUUGUACAGGACAAACACUAUAUAUUCUUUUUGAAUAUGAUCGAUCGAUCGCAAUCUCUACUUUA